CUUGAUAUGAAUCGACUAUCGAGUUUUCUCGUUUUACUGCUCGCCCUGGCCACGUUAUGUGCAGGAUUACCACUUGCAAAACGGGAUCUCGACUGUAGCAACUCAAACGAGUGUAUCGAUUACGAUAACUUAUAUCAUGGAGAUUCGUAUGCCACAGAAUAUAGCCACGAAAAGUAUCUUCGUAUCAUCACACCAAAUUCGGGAACUGUGUGGCAAGCUGACAGCUAUCAAUCCGUGACCUGGGCUUUCGAUGGCAGCGCUCAUCUAGGAUAUGGUGAAACUGUCAAUGUCAUUUUGCUCGCCGUUGAUAACAAUGGACACUGGAAGAAGGUUGAUACUCUACAGCCAGGCACCACUGGUAGUGGAAUUUCCAACUAUCAUGUCCGAAAAGACCUUGGCAAGGCUCAUGCUUACAAGGUUGUUUUGGAAAUCGAAAAAGUACAUUUCUCCAUCGAAAGCGAGCCAUUCAGAAUCAAGAGUAUCUCUGGACAUUCUAACGAAGGCAAUUCUUAUGAUGAAGACUCUUACAGCCAUAACGACAAAAGCUAUCUUCGUCCCAUCACUCCAAACUCCCAAACUGUUUGGGAUGCCGACAGUUAUCAAUCUGCCACAUGGUCUUAUGAUGGAAGCUCCAACCUUGGUUAUGGAGAAACUGUCGAAGUAUUCCUUUUCGCCCGCCAGUCAGAUGGAUCAUGGAAGAAGGUCGAUGAGCUUCCAUCUGCCACAACUGGAAGCGGGAUCUCAAACUACCAUGUUCGAAAGGAUCUUGGAAAAGCUUCAGCAUACAUUGUUGUACUCGUGAUUGACAAAGUCCACUACCAAGUUGCCACUGAACCAUUCAAGAUCAAACAAAUCUCUGGACAUUCUAAUGAAGGCGACUCUUAUGAUGAAGACUCUUACAGCCACGAAGACAAAACCUAUCUUCGUCCCAUUACUCCAAACUCACAAACUGUUUGGGAUGCCGACAGCUAUCAAUCUGCCACAUGGUCCUAUGACGGAAGCUCUAAUCUUGGCUACGGAGAAACUGUCGAAGUAUUCCUUUUCGCCCGCCAGUCAGAUGGAUCAUGGAAGAAGGUUGACGAACUUCCAUCUGCCACAACUGGAAGCAGAAUCUCAAACUACCAUGUUCGAAAGGAUCUUGGAAAAGCUUCGGCAUACAUUGUUGUACUCGUGAUUGACAAAGUUCACUAUCAAGUUGCUACUGAACCAUUCAAGAUCAAGAGCAUAUCUAGUCACAGCAAUGCAGAUGGAUCAGACCCAAAUUCCUACUCACCCGACGAAAAGCAGUACCUUACAUCCAUCACACCUAACUACUACACGGUAUGGGACGCUGAUACCGAUCAGUCUGUAACCUGGAAGUAUGAUGGAAGCAGCAACCUUGGAUAUAGUGAACCAGUUUCACUCAGCCUAUAUGCUCGUAAAGCACCCGGAGAUUGGGUGUUCGUGGAAAAUCUUCCUUCAGGCACCACAGGCGGAGGAAUUUCUAACUACCAUGUGCGAAAAGAUCUCGGAGAAGCAGACUAUUAUUUGGUAGUGCUUCAGAUUGAUAGUAUUCAUUAUACUGUUUCAAGCGGACCGUUUGUUAUCAAGAAAAUCUCGGAUCACCAGAAUGGUGAAGACAAUGAUACCAAUGGUAGCGAUAACCAAAAUAACGGAGAUGACUCUUCAAAAUAUGUCGCCAUCACAAGUCCCGAUACCCAAUCCGUUUGGAAAACUGGAUCAGAUGUGACCAUAAAUUGGUCUUAUGAAGAGUCUGCAAUCGUGAAGAGUGACGACAAAGUAAGAUUGACUCUUUUCUCCUACGACACCAAGUCAAAAUCCGUUAAGGAGGUUGGAGACAUUGGUGAAUGGGAUGUUUCAACUGGAUCUGCAUCCUAUCACGUACCAGAUGAUGUGGAAAUCGCUGACUACUUCGUCAUCGUGUUUACGUUCGAGCGUAUCCAACACCGUAUACACACCGAACCCUUCAAGAUUGAACACGCAGAGUAGUUUGAAUUUGAUUCUAGUAGAUCAAUGUAAUUUUGUUUUUUUUUGCAGUGUAACACAUUGUUCUGAUGUAUCCCGAGUAUGAAACAUCAUCUCGACCGUUGUAGCAUAUAUUUCAUUUAUAAACAUUUUUGCUCGCAGA